GGGAACUAGAUUAACAAGCCAGCAGCUGGUUGGUUCUAGCCUUCUAGCCCCCAGAAAGAGAAGCGGGAGCUGCUUGUAUGUGAGUGCUCGGGAGGGCCACACUGACAAGGCGGGAUUGGUAAGUUGGACCUGGGGCAGAACAGGCUUGCAGGCCUAGAGUGGUAGAAUGGGCAGACGAUGGAAUGAGGCGGAGCGGCGUUCAUUUAGACUGCGCCUCUUGGAGCAUAUUCCGCAAGGCCUUCUCUCUCACUACUCCGUACUCCACGAGGCCAUCUGACCAGCGAUAGGCCUGAAAGUAUGAUUUGCGCCAACACUUGCUGCGCAGUGACCUUUCGGCUAUCUGUGACAGCGCUUGCUGACGAAACAAACUUUGGUAUUCAUCACAUUUCUCACCGCGAUCUCCGUAGUGGUAAAGUAAACGGCAUCAAUAGAUCAGGCAAGGUCGGUAGCAAGCAAAUGAUGAGAACAGAUUGCAUGCGCGCAACUCACCAGAUCUUUCUUUCACGCCGGUGCUGUGAAGCCAUCGAUCGCAUGAGAGAAAGAGAGAAUGAGGACUGCUUCGGCGCUGACUCAUCUGCACGUGAUACACCUCAGAGCGCUGAUGAUGAGAUGAAAGAGAGAGGAGAAGAGCCUCAAACCGUCAGCGCAGGUCGUGCGAAUGACCGUAAAUAAUCAUUCGGGAUCCGGUGAAAACUGUAUUCAACUGAGUUCGGCGCUCACGGCAUCCUCCUGAUCAAAAAAGGCCAACUCACCCAGUUCAGUGGGAGGGUUGUCUCAGCUGCCUGGAGGAAUGCGACUUU